UCUCUCUCUCUCUCUCUCUCUCUCUCUCUCUCUCUCUCUCUAUUGUCAUCUCUUUGUCACUCUGUCACAAGGAGACAGUGCUCGCACACUGACCAUUGGAUAUAGCUGAGGACUCUGACCCCAAAGUGAAGAGGAGAGGACACUUCAUCAUGAUUCAGUCCAAUCAAUUCAUAUUCUGCUGCUGCUGUGUGGUCCAAAGCAGUAACCACAUGGAGAUGGAUGAAAGAAGGUCCUCUACGUGUUUCCAGUUGCAGAUCUACCCAGGACGUGCUCGCAGGGAAGACCGGUCACGAAGGCGCCUCCCCCCCACCCCUCCCAUUGAGGAGGAUUACGAGGACCAGGGGUUGCUAAGGGUGGUUGCUACGUGUGACUUAAUGGAGAAGGACGACACAGACCUCAGACUCAUUAAGGGAGAAGAGUACACCAUUCUUCACAAACAGACACAGCACCGGUGGAGAGCUCAGGACAGAAUGGGCAACAGAGGCUUCAUCCCCAGUAACUACGUGAAGGAGAUGGUCUCUAUGGACGCCAAUUUGUGGUGCUGUAACAUCACCAGAACCGAAGCAGAAUACCUCCUCAGACAAGAGGAUAAGGAGGGUGGUUAUGUAUUGCGGACCUCCAGCCAUCAGGGGCUCUACACUGUGUCUGUCUACAGUAAGACUGCGGGGUUUAGCUGUAUCAGGCACUACCAGAUCAAGCACACAGACUCAGGUCAAUUCUUCCUGGCUGAGAAAUACACCUUCGGGUCCAUCCCUGAAGUGAUCACCUACCACCAGCACAACGCCGCAGGUCUAGUUACUCGAUUGCGGUAUCUGAUUUCUCCAAUGAGAAGGUCUCUUCCUAUUGCUGGUUUCAGCUCAGAGAAGUGGGAGAUUGAUCUCAGUGAGCUGACCAUCCUUGAUGAGGUGGGCAGCGGUCAGUUCGGUGUGGUGCGGCUGGGGAUGUGGAAAGGGCAGGGCAAGGUGGCCAUCAAGGCUGUGAAGGAGAACACCAUGCACGACGAGGACUUUAUUGAGGAGGCCAAGGUCAUGAUGAGGAUGGACCAUCCCCAGUUGGUAAAGCUAUACGGAGUGUGCCUGAAACAGCAGCCCCUGAUGCUGGUCACAGAGUUCAUGGACAACGGCUGCCUGCUCAACUUCCUUCGCCAGAGGGGCAGGACCGUGGGAGGGGCGUGGCUUCUGUCCACCUGUCAGGACAUCUGCCAGGGCAUGACCUACCUGGAGAGACACAACUACCUACACCGAGACCUGGCCGCCAGGAACUGUUUGGUGGACCACCAGCAGAAGGUGAAGGUCAGCGACUUUGGCAUGACCAGGUAUGUUCUAGAUAACCAGUACACCAGCUCUAUUGGCUGUAAGUUCCCAGUGAAGUGGUCGCCCCCAGAGGUUCUGCAUUUCAGCAAAUACAGCAGCAAGUCUGACGUCUGGUCCUUCGGGGUGGUGAUGUGGGAGGUGUAUUCAGAAGGCCGGAUCCCGUUUGAGAAUCAUUCAAACCAGGAGGUGGUGGAGAACAUCUCUAGAGGAGUCAGACUCUACAGACCUCAUAGAGCGACCUCACAGAUAUACAACACCAUGUACCGAUGCUGGCACGAGACGCCACUGGGCCGCCCAACCUUCAGUGAGCUGCUGGAGCAGUUGAACGACAUAGAAGAGUAAACCAACAGCCGUCAACGAGGACAAUGUUUGAAGACAUUGGACUGAAAAUAUUUGAUCAGUCAAAUUUUCAAGUUUUUUUAAGUGUUUGUGUUCUGGUUCGGAAUUCCCUGGAGAUCUUCUAAUGUCUAUUUUUUCUAUAUUUUUCACCUCUAUGUUUUCAUCUGGUAAAUCGAAUAGUAAAAAAUGUGAUUUGUGCAUAUUUUUAUAAAGUACAUUUUUAAAGAC